UUGUCGCGCAGCGGCCGUAAAGCGCCUGGCGGCCGCACGUGCCUCCCUUCUCCUGCUGUUGCCAGGCCAGGGUUGGCAUGGGGAAGCGGCGGGCGCGCGGCCCGGCACUAGCCGGCCUCAGCAAACGGCAGAAGAGGCACCUCCGCGACUUCGGGGAGCAGCACCCGGUCCGCGACGCGGUUUCUGGAAGAGAAGUCACUCAAAUUUGUGAACUGCCUGAGAAUUCUGAUCAAUCAAGUUCAGAGAGUGAUACAGAGAAUGAAUCGGAACGUGUCUCAGAGUAUCACAAACUUCUGGCCUUGUUAAAAACUGUUCCGGGUACUGAAGAGGAGGAGGAUGAAGAUGAGUCUGAAGAAGGUGAUGAAAGUGAGGCAGAAUCAAACAGUGAAGGGCCUCAAGAAGUUGGAGGUACAGAUGAAGAAGAUGAUGAGAGUGAUGUGCUGGGCCAGGAAGAAGUCACAGCCAAAGACGCAAUAAAGCAGGCACUUGGCCAGGAGCAAGCUGAUGAAACAGAUAACUCUGGUGACCCAAAACAUGGAGCAAUUGAGGAGUUCACUGAUGUGAAACAUGAAUCUGAAUUUAGCCUGGAAACCAAUUUCAUGGAAGAAGAGAGUGGAGAUUACAGUACAGCUGAAAGAGAGAGCAGCUCUUCUCAAGAGGUUUCUGAAGAUCCAUAUAGAGCACAUAUGAACAAAGAACUGGAAAAAAAAGAAAUAGAAAACAUUUCAGCAUGUUGUAAAACUACAAGUCAGUUGAAGUGGCCAACACUGGGCCAGUUGGUGUUUUCUUCUAUAACACAGAAGUUGAAAACUUUUAAGCCAGAUAAAGAAAUGGAUUUGGAACGACUUCAUCUUCACAAGCCCUUGGAUUCCACGUGGCCAAAAGUGAAUAACCAGCUCCUGUCCAUGCUAAAUAAGCCAAGCGACUCCCCGUUCACCUUGUUACAAAGGGAACUGUUUUGCAUUAUGAAUUUGUACAAAGACUUAUUGUACCCUGAAAGAGCUCCUUUAGGGAGUGGGGAAGAGAUCCGUCAGACUUACUGCCUGCAUGCACUGAAUCAUGUCCUGAAGGCUAAUGCCCAGGUCCUCAGCAAUAAUGCCAAACGAAGAGACCAAAAGCUAGGAGUUGACACUGAUGAUUUCAGGGAUCAAGGGCUCACUAGACCAAAGGUACUGAUAGUGGUGCCUUUCCGUGAAUCAGCCUUACGAGUGGUGCAGAUUUUCAUCAGCCUUCUUGAAUCAGGGAGCAAAAAACAAAUAGAUGUAAGUAACAAGAAGCGCUUCAAAGGAGAGUUUGGUUCUGAUCCAGAUGAGAAACCCCCCAACCUGAAAAGACCUGAGGAUUAUGAAGCUGUGUUUGCUGGCAACAUUGAUGACCAUUUCAGGAUAGGGGUUGCUGUUCUUCAGAAGAGUAUGCGAUUAUAUGCACCAUUUUACUCUUCUGAUAUCAUCAUUGCCUCUCCCCUUGGUCUGAGAACAGUUAUUGGAGCCGAGGGAGAGAAGAAGAGGGAUUUUGACUUUCUUUCAUCGAUAGAAAUUCUCAUAAUUGAUCAAGCAGAUAUUUACCUGAUGCAGAAUUGGGAGCACAUUUUGCACCUGAUGAACCAUCUUAACCUCCUGCCUCUGAAUCCCCAUGGUGUAGACUUCUCACGAGUGCGCAUGCUGAAUCUCAAUAACUGGUCCAAGUAUUAUCGUCAGACCUUACUGUUCAGUGCUCUUCAAGAUCCCCAGAUUAACUCUAUCUUUAAUAAACAUUGCUUCAAUUACCGAGGGCAGGUAGCUGUAAGGAAUGUACCCAUGAUUGGCUCGAUUAACCAUGUUGUGGUACAGCUUCCCCACGUUUUCCGGAGGCUGGAAUCUGAUAGCCUAGUUUCUGUCAUAGAUGCAAGGUUCCAGUUCUUUAUUGACAAAGUGCUGCCUGAGUACCGCGAUGCAGUCAUGUCCCAUACCCUUAUUUACGUUCCAUCGUAUUUUGACUAUGUCCGUCUUCGCAACUACUUCAAGAAGGAAGAGCUGAAUUUUACAUACACUUGUGAAUACACCAAAAAAUCUAGCAUCUCCAGAGCAAGACAGUUCUUCUUCAAGGGAGAGAGGCAGUUCUUACUUUUUACUGAGCGCUUCCACUUUUACAAAAGAUACACAAUACGAGGGAUCAGAAAUCUCAUUUUCUAUGAGCUACCAACAUACUCCCAUUUCUACAGUGAGAUCUGCAAUAUGAUGAAGGCCACUAACAAUGGAGAGGAAGCUACUUGGACAUGUACUGUUCUUUAUUCAAAGUAUGAUGUGCAGAAACUGGCUGCUGUUGUGGGUAUAGAGCGUGCUGCUCAGAUGCUGCAGUCUGACAAAAGUGUGCACCUCUUUGUUACUGGAGAAAAUGAGUAAGCAAGCCUGUGAACCACGCUGUGUGUAUGGACUUGGGUCUUUUUUCCUAAUACACUUUUUAAUGUUGUUUCUUAAUAUUAAGUGUUUUAAUGAAUUUUCUCUACCUCCUCCUCAAAUAUUUUCCUGGAACUAAUUUUAAAGAGUUAAUUUGUAAAUUUAAAUAUUCUGAUUUAAAGCAGUGAUGGAAACAAAA